AUGAGCGCUAUAAACUCUGAACAACCCGCAGUCGCUCCUGCCACCGAGCAGGCUCCCGCCGUCGAGCAGUCUGCCGCCCCUGUUGCGGACGUCGCUCCCUCUGUGCCUGCCACUGAGACUCCCGCGGUAAAGGCUUCUGAGACCGUCGCUACCCCAACCCCCGAAGGCGCUACUGAAGCGCCAGCUGCUAAGGAAGUCACCGAGACCCCUGCUCCCGUUGCUACUGAGUCAACACCUGUCACUGAAGCCGCCGCUGAAAGCACUGAAGCGACCGCCCCCGCCACUGAGACCCCCGCGCCGGUCGAGAAGGCCCCCAAAUCUCCCAAGAAGCCCGUCAUUGAGCGUCUGUCCUCUUUCGCCGCUAAGAUCUUCUCGUUCACGCCCAAGACCGGAAAGUCGAAGAAGGCCGGAAAGACCGCAGCGGUCAAGGCUGAGGAGUCUGCUGCCGCUGUGGAGAACGUUGAGGCGCCCGUGACGGCUGCCUCUGCAUCUACGGACGUCCCUGCUGUUGAGAAGACCGGUGCUGCUGGCGUUGCUCCUGCGGAAGUCAAGCAUUUGGCGUUAUUUUGCUCUGCCCCUGCAAUCCCCGACCUCACUCCCGUCGUCGUUGAGGCGCCCUCGGCACCCGCAACCAGCGAAGCUGCGACCUCCACCGACUCUCCCGUCGUUGAGGAGCACAAGAGCACCACCGAGGCCGCUUCCCAAACCCAGACCGCACAUUCCGCCAAGCGCCUGAGCACUCUUUCCCGAAUGAUCACCGUCAGCCGUGAGCGUGUCGCUUCUACCGUUGCUGGAGCCGUCACUGCCGCCAAGGGAACUCUGACCCCCAAGAAGAAGGCGAGCACUGAAAACACUGCUGCUCCUAUAACCGAGGAAACUGCUGAGGAGAAGGCUGAGGAAAAGGCCGAGGAGAAGCUCGUUGCGACCAAGGAAACCACCGCCGAAGUCCCUGUCCCCGCCGCUGGACCCUCCACCGUCGAGUCCGCGCCCGAUGCUGCUCCUGCCGCCGAGCCAGCUCACGCCCCCACGCAGGAGGUCGUUGCCAGCGCCUAA